AUGUUGAUAAACAUGAAGAGCAUCUUAUGGCUGUGCUCAACUUUGGUGGCAGCCCACGCACUACAUAAAGUCAAAGUGGACAAAAGCCCACCUGUCAGGGGCUCCCUUUCUGGAAAAGUCAGCCUACCUUGCUACUUUCCAACCAUGCCUACUUUACCACCAAGUUACAACACCAGUGAAUUCCUCCGAAUCAAAUGGUCUAAGAUUGAAGUGGACAAAAGUGGGAAAGAUUUAAAGGAGACUACUGUUCUUGUGGCCCAAAAUGGGAAUAUCAAGAUUGGUCAAGACUACAGGGGCAGAGUGUCUGUACCCAUACACCCCGAGGUCGUGGGAGACGCCUCCCUCACCAUGGGCAAGCUGCUGGCCAGUGACGCGGGCCUCUACCGCUGCGACGUCAUGUAUGGCAUCGAGGACACUCAAGACACGAUGUCCCUGACUGUGGACGGGGUUGUAUUUCACUACAGGGCGGCGACCAGCAGGUACACUCUGAACUUUGAGGCUGCGAAGAAGGCUUGUUUGGAUAUUGGGGCAGUCAUAGCCACUCCAGAGCAGCUCCUGGCCGCCUACGAUGAUGGAUUUGAGCAGUGUGACGCGGGUUGGCUGUCCGAUCAGACUGUGAGAUACCCCAUCCGGGCUCCCCGCGAAGGCUGUUAUGGAGACAUGAUGGGGAAGGAAGGCGUCAGGACCUACGGGUUCCGUUCUCCCCUGGAAACUUACGAUGUGUACUGCUACGUGGAUCACCUGGAUGGCGACGUGUUCCACAUCACCGCUCCCCACAAGUUCACCUUUGAGGAGGCUGCAGAGGCAUGUGGGGACCAGGAAGCCAGGCUGGCCACGGUGGGAGAACUGCAUGCUGCUUGGAGGAACGGCUUUGACCAAUGCGAUUACGGGUGGCUGCUGGAUGCCAGCGUGCGCCACCCUGUGACUGUGGCCAGGGCACAGUGUGGAGGUGGUCUCCUUGGGGUGAGAACCCUGUAUCGUUAUGAGAACCAGACAUGCUUCCCUCCCCCUGAUAGCAGAUUUGAUGCCUACUGCUAUAAACCUAAACAGACUAUAUCAGAGGCUACAAUCAUCGAUUUGAAUAUCUUCGCAGAAACUGCAUCACCCAGUUUAUCCAGAGAGCCACAGGUGGUAUCUGCUAGAACUAUGCCAGCCAUUACUUUAGUCAGCGAUUUACCUGUUGGUACAACAAAGUUCCCUCCUGUGGGGAAUAUUGUCAAUUUCGAGGAAAAAGUCACAGUCCAACCUCAAGUUGUCACAGAGGGAGCAGCCACUGAACUGCCCACACCUGCUGCGGGUACCAAGGAGCCUUGGGAACUGGACUACUACUUGCCUUCUGCCUCAGGUCCUCUUGGAAAGCCAGACACCUCAGAAAUUAAGGAAGAAGGGCUCCAAAGCACAACGAUCAUCCCCCAUCAUGCUACAGAUUCCUGGGAUGGGGUCAUGGAAGACUCACAAACGCAAGAGUCUGUUACACAGUUUGAACAGAUAGAAGUGGGUCCCUUGGCAACAUCUGUGGAAAUCGCCAAGCAUACACCUUCCAGGGAAUUCUCUGCAACUGAAACACCAUUUGUAUCCACAAGAAUGACCCUGGAAUCCCAAACUGAAAAGAAAACAGUAGGCACUCCUUCUGAGUUGGUGACCACAGGCCGCUAUGGGUUCACUGUGGGAGAAGACAGUGAUGAAGACAGAACACUUACAGUUAGGUCUGGUCAGAGCACCUUGGUUUUUAGCCAAAUACCUGAAGUCAUUACAGUGUCAAAGACUUUGGAAGACACCACUCAUACUCAACUAGAGGACUCAGAUUUGGUCUCAGCAUCCACACCUGUUUCACCCUUAAUUAUGUCUGACAACAAUGGAUCAUCUACAGGCGACUGGGGAGAAAGACGCACAAAUGGUAAGAUAACUGAAGAUUCUUUUGGCCAGUAUCUGUCUACUACACCUUUUCCAUCACAGUAUCACAGAGAAGUAGAAUUGUUUCCUUAUUCUGGUGAUAAAAUAUUAGUAGAGGGAAUAUCCACAGUUAUUUAUUCCUCUCCGCAAACAGAAAUGACACGAGGAAGGGAAAGAACAGAAAUGCUCAAACCAGAGAUGCAAACAGUUACUUAUACAGAUGAUGAGAUGCAAGAAAUGAUCACUAAACAUCCACUUAUGGGAAAGAAAGAAGAAGAAGGCUUCUCUGGAACGAAGCUCUCUAUGUCUUCCUCAGAGCAAAUUCACUUUACAGAGUCUUUUGUGGGAAUGACCGAGUCUUUGGAUUUCCCAGCACUGACAGCAACAAAGUUAAGUGUGGAGCCAACAGAAGUAAGAGACGUGGAUGAAGACUUCACAACAGCUCCCACUGGGUUAGAAACAGAUGGCUAUCAAGAUAGUAUAAAGUAUGAUGAAUACAUUCCAACAGUGCAUUUGACCCAUGGUACUUUAAAUGCUGAGGUGGUCACUGUAUCUAAAUGGUUGUGGGAUGAAGAUAAUGCAACAUUGAAGACUUCAGAGCCUACAGAACAUCUAGGCUCUCCAAAAUUUCCCCCCACCUCACUCACCUCUGUGGGGAUGAAUGGGCAGGAUAAAGAACUCCCAAGCUUCACAGAAGAUAGAGGAGAUGAGUUCACUCUUAGCCCAGCUAGUACUCAAAAGCAAUUAGAGGAUAUUACUGAGAAAGACUUAGAAACCCAUGGGAAAUUCACAGUUAGGUUUCAGCCAACUACAUUGACUGGUAUUGCAGAAGAGUCAACUUUGAGAGCAUCUACAAGCACAGAAGACCGAGUUGUUGAUGCAACCAUGGAAGGAAGUGCUUUGGGUGAAAGAGAAGAUGUGGACAUCUCUAAGCCUUUAUCUACUGUUCCCCAGUUGCCACCCACUUCUGAGGUGGGAGGAUUGGCAUUUGCUCAUUAUAGUAGUACCCAGGAGCCUACUACUUAUGUAGACUCAUCCUCUUCCAUUCCUCUGUCUGUAAUUCCCAAGAGAGAGUGGGGAGUGUCAGUGCCUUCUGUUCCAUCAGAAGACGAAAUUCUGAGCGAACCCUCUCAAGACGUACGUGUUAUUGAUCAGACUCACCUUGAAGCAACUGUUUUUCCUAAAGCUGUGAGAACAACAGAAACCACACAGGAGAAAACUCAGGAAGAAUUCCCUUGGCAAGAACGGACUACAGAGAAACCAGUUACUACUCUCAGUUCUACAGCUUGGAUACCCAAGGAGGCAGCAACACCACUGGAUGAACAAGAAGGUUCUGCAUAUACAGUCUCUGAAGAUAAGUUGGUAACAAGCUCUGAGAGUGUCCCAGUUUUCAAAACAACUCCACUUGGAAAAAUCGAUCAUGGUGUGUCUUAUCCACCUAGUGCUGUAACUGAGCACAAAGUGAAAACAGAUGAAGUGGGGACACUCACACCAAGCAUGGGGCCCAAAGUGCCUUUGAGUCCAGGGCCCGAACAAAAAUAUGAAGUAGAAGGUAGCAGUCCCAUCCCUCAGAGUCCCUUUAGCACACGUGUCACCCAGCUUCUAGAGGAAACCAUUAUUGAGAAGAAAGAGAGAACGCCCCUGGAGUAUACUGAUUUAGGUUCAGGUUUAUUUGAAAAGCCCGUAGCCACAGAACUCCCAGAAUUUUCAGCAAUGACAGCCACAGCCCCAAGUGAUGUGACUGCUGUCGAUAGACUUCAUACAACGUUGGUGUUCAAGUCGUCUUCAGCAUUCACUCAGAAGCCACCUCUCAUCGACAGGGAGCCUGGGGAAGAGACAACGAGUGACAUGGUCAUUAUUGGAGAAUCCACGUCUCGUGUUCCUCCCACAACCCUUGAUGACAUUGUUGGCAAGGAAACAGAGAGUGAUAUCGAUAGAGAGUAUUUCACGACCUCAAGCAUUCCUUCUGCUACUCAGCCAGCUCAACCACCCCUUGGGGAGGGCAGGGAGGCCUUUGAACCUCAGUCACCUUCCACUUUACAGCCCCCCAAGGGGACAAAACUCCACCCUGACAUUAAUGUUUAUAUUAUUGAGGUCAGAGAAAACAAGACAGGUCGAAUGAGUGAUUUGAGUGUAAUGGGUCAUCCAAUAGAUUCAGACUCUAAAGAAGAUGAGCCUUGUAGUGAAGAAACAGAUCCAGAGCAUGACCUAAUUGCUGAACUUUUACCUGGAUUACCUGAGGUAAUUGAAAUAGAUAUAUACCACAGUGAGGAAGAUGAGGAGGAAGAAGAAGAGUGUGCAAAUGCCACUGACCUGACCACCACCCCAUCUGUGCAGUACAUUAAUGGGAAGCACCUAGUGACCACGGUGCCCAAGGACUCAGAAGCUGAAGAAGCUAGGCGUGGUCAGUUUGAAAGUGUGGCACCUUCUCGAAAUUUUUCAGACAUGAGUUCUGAAAGUGACACUCAUCACUUUAUAAUAACAGAAACGGAACCAUCUGCUGUGCAGCCCAACGACUCCACAGAAAACACAGACUCUCUUGAAAUUACAUGGAAGCCUGAGGUGUACCCUGAGAUAGCAGAACAUUUUUCAGGGGGUGAGCCUGAUGCUUUCCCCACAGUCUCGUCCCAUGAGAGAGAAGUCCCAGAGGGAACAGAAGCAGGCACAGAGAGAGGGUCUGAGCCUGGUCAUCAGCUGCGCGAACAUACAAAACCCAUACCUCUGUUUCCUGAAGAGUCUUCAGGAGAGACUGCCAUUGACCAAGAAUCUCAGAAAAUUGUCUUCUCAGGGGUGACAGAAGUCACAUUUGGUGAAGAGGCAGAAAACAGUCCUUCUAUCGCAUAUGCUCCCACUGUAGGCCCAAGUUCUGUGUCAGCAUAUUUUUCAGAGGAAGAAUCAGUUACCCUUGCAAGAAACCCUCAUCCUGAUGACCCAUUGUCUACCGUAGAAAGCUGGGUGGAAAUAACUCCUAGAUACACUGUAGAGCUGUCAGGGAGUUCUUCAAUUCUAAUUCCAGAAGGCUCUGGAGAAGCAGAAGAAUAUAAAGACAAUGUGUUCACCGUCGUAACCGAUUUAUCUCAGAGAAAUACUCCCGGCACAGUCAUUACUUUAGACGCAAGCAAGAUAACCACAGAGAGCCUUUCUGAGGUUCUUGUGACCACUGUUAAUUCAGUUUCUGAACAACCUUCUGCAGAAGUGGUGCCCACCCAAUCUAUAAGUGAAACAGACACUCCUGAGUGGGUUUUCAGUACGUCUCUUGAGGGAAAAAUAAGGAAAGCAGAAGAGAAUGGAACGACAGGUGCAGCUUCCACAGUUCAGGCAUAUUCACCGGCACGGAAAUCAGAUCAAUCUAUUUUACCCUCUGAAGCAGGAAGUCCAAAUGUAGUCACAUCUGGCAAUUCAGCAACUGAGACAAGUUUUAUGCCCUUGACAACAGCUACAAAUUCUGAAAAGGAAAUGGCAAAUUCUGCUUUUGUCUCUACAGAAGCAAAUGUUUUAGAAAAUUUGGGGGUGCAGACCACUGAGCAUGGCCAUAGCAACCCCCCUGGGCCUCAGGAGGGGCUGACAGGUCUUCCAAGUAGCCCCUUCUCCCUCUUUCUGGAGCAGGGCUCUGGAGAAGCUACUGUGGACCUGGAAACUACCACUGUGUCUUCAUUUUCAUUAAACUCAGAGUCUGAAAUUCAAGCAAGCAAGGAAGUAGCAGGCACUUCGCCUCCCUAUGUGGAAACUACACUCUCCUCUGAACUGACCACACUAGUUUUGAGUACUGUAAGGGACAGAGAAGUUGCUGAAAUUAUAAGCCAGACAUCCAAGGAAACACUGAUUUCAGAAGUGUUGGGAGAAGUACAUCGGGGGUCAGAGAUAAGGGACUCUUCAACAGGUUUUCCCUUCGAGGAGGAUUUCAGUGGUGACUUUAGAGAAUUCUCAACAGCAUCUCAUCCCAUCACAAAAGAAGAGACCGUGAUGGCGGAAGGAUCUGGGAACACAGCAUUUAGGGACAUCCAGACAUCACCAUCUGCAGUACCUGCUUCAGUUCACAUUCUUCGGGUACCUCCCUCAGAGGGACCCAGCAGCCCCAUGGUUGGCACUGCAGCCUUCCCGUGGGAAGAAUUCACAGCCUCGGCAGAGGGUUCUGGUGAGCACCUGGGUCCCGUCCCUGGCUCUGCUGAUCCAGUGCCUCUUAGCACUGUGGGAAAUGUCCCUGGUACAGUCUUACCAUCAGUUGACCAAGGAUUGGGAGAGAUGGGUGUCGUCAAUGAAGUUGAUGAAAAACCCAUCAUUUUACCAACAACAGAGGCUGGAGGUACUGAAGUGAUCACAAAAAAGGUGGAAGUAAACAUCAAAAGCACGGUUUCAACGGACUUUCCCCAAACUCUGGAACCAGCCAAACUAUGGUCAAGGCAGGAAGUCAACCCUGUAACGCAAGGAGUUGCAAGUGAAACAGCAUCAGAGGAAGAAAAAAUGCAAGAACAAAAGUCCUUUGAAUCCACCCAAAGCUCUCUUGCAACAGAGCAAACAAUUUUUGACUCACAAACAUUUACUGAAGCUGGUCUCCCAACCACAGAUGAUCCUGUACUAACAACAGAGAAAAUGUACAAUCCUGAUAAGAAAACAGAGGAGGAAGGCGUUUCCCUAGUUAGCAUGCCUACUUCAGAUUCAGAUGCUCAGGACUUGGAAUCUCCUACAACUCACCCUGAAGCUACUGAAAAAGCACACUUUUUCUUAGCUACUGCCUCAGUGACUGAAUCUACACAAGCUGAAAGUGUCAUCACAGACUCAUCAAUCAAAGAAGAGGAAAGUACAAAACUGUUCUCCAACGGUAUGAGACCAACAAUUAAAGAAUCAGAUACUGAGCUCUUAUUCUCUGGGCUGGGAUCAGGAGAAGUUCUGUUUACCUUACCUACAGAAUCAGUGAGUAUUACUGAAAUGGAGCAAGUCAAUAGCACAUUAUAUCCCCAGACUUCUCAACUGGAAAGUUUAGAAACGAGCGUCUUAAGUGAUAAAACUGAAAACUCUGCAAGAAUGGAAAAUGUGGCAAAUGAAGUUAGACCACUCGUGUCCACAACAGACAUCUAUGAAGGGAAUGAGUCAGUACCCAACACAACCCUCACAGAAAUUUUAAGUGACACUGGAGCAGAAGGACCCACGAUGGCACCUGUCCUUUUCUCCACAGAUACCAAACAUCCUCAAAGUCAGACUCUCAGAUGGAGAGAAGAAAUCCAGACUAGUAGACCACAAAAUAUAACUGAACACAUCUCUAACAGGAAUUCUCCAACAGCAGAAUCCGAAGAAACAGCAACCUCUUCCACUGGUUUUCUGGCUAGAACUCAUGGUCUUGAAAUGGCCAAAGAAUUGGUUACAUCAUCACCACAGUCAAAUGACUUAUUUCGUGAACAUUCUGGAGAAGGAUCUGGAGAAUUGGAUACUAAUGAUUCAGUUCACAUUUCUGGAACCACUCAGGCAAUCAGACAAGGAAGCACCACCUUCAUUUCUAUUCAGUCCUUGGAAAAGCACCAUGAGGUGCCAAGUGCCAACGUUGUCACUGCUGCCGGGUUCCCAACUGUUUCAGGGGGGCUGCCUCUUCAUGCAGAGCAGGAUGAACUCUCCCUGAAUCCAACUAGCACACUGUCAAACACAGUGUCAUAUGAGAGGUCCACAGAUGGUACCACAGGUAGUUUCCAAGACCGUUUCAGGGAAUUUGAGGAUUCUACCUUAGGACCUAAUAGAAGAAAACCUGCUGAUAAUAUUAUUCUAGAUCUGGACAAAGAGGACAAGGAUUUAAUAUUGACAAUUACAGAGAGUACCAUCCUUGAAAUUCCACCUGAGCUGACAUCAGAUAAAAAUACUAUCAUAGAUAUUGACCACAUUAAGCCUGAGUAUGAAGACAUCCUUGAAAUGCAAACAGACAUGGAUUCAGAGCUCCCAUCGGAACCACAUGGCAGUCAUGAUGAAGGCAUUCAUGUUCAAGAGAAGUAUGAGGCUGAUGCCAACCUCUCAUCCACCAAAGAGGCAUUUGAGGGCUCUGGUGAUGCCCUUCUGGCUAGCAACACACAGGCAACACAUAAUGAAUUAACGACUAAUGAGAAUGGACGCCGAUUAGAUCACACGGGCCUUGACUACACAACUGGGGUCCCUGUUCCUAGCACAGAAACAGAAUUAGAUAUUUUACUUCCCACGGCAACAUCCUUGCCCAUUCCCAACAAGUCUGCCACAGUUAAUCCAGAGGCUGAAGAAAUAAACAUGGAAGUCAAGACCUUGGAUGACAUCUAUGAAGCAAGCACUUUGUCUGAUGGCCAAGCUGUGGCAGACCAAAGUGAAGUAGUAUCCACACUGGGCCAUUUGGAGAGGACCCAGGAGGAGUAUGAAGAAAAGAAAUAUGCAGGUCCUUCCUUCCAGCCAGAGUUCUCUUCAGGAGCGGAGGAGGCGUUGGUAGACCAUACUCCCUUUGUAGUUACCGGCACUGUCCGCCUUGCGGCUGGUAGGCUGACAGAGGUGCCUCAUGGGAUGGAAGGAUCCAGUUCUCUGUAUUACAUGAGUACCACGCCGGCAACUUCAACAUUUGCAAAGUUGUCUUCUCAGACACCGUCUCUUUCACCCACCGUCUAUGUAGGCAGUGGUGCCUUUGAACCCACAGAGGGUUCCCAGCCAAGUGCUCUGUCAAUUGUCAAUGCUGACUCAUAUGUAUCCCCAGAGGAUUCUUUUAAGGAAGUUUAUGCAAACCCUGAAGUGACUUUCAAGCCAUUAGGUGGAGAAUACAUUCACAUAACUGAGCCUCCGGCCUUAUCUCCUGACAUAAUAUUAGAACCGUCAGAAGAUGAAACUAAACCCAAGUUAUUAGAAGAAACGACUGCUUCUCCCACAGAACUAAGUCUUGAGGAAGGAACAGAGGUUUCCCAAGAUUUCCAAAACAAAAUCAACGGCCAACUUUCUGGAGAAACAGUCAAGAUGUUUCCCAGUAUCCAGACACCUGAAGCUGGGACUGUUAUUACAGCCGCCACUGAAAGUAAGUUGGGAGGUGCUACUCAGUGGCCACAUUCUACUUCGGUGGAACCACACAGGAAGGAGGCAGGUGUGGUGUCUCAGCCCAGCCCUCAGAACUCAGAGAGCCCCGCCAUUCCAUCGUCUCUCGAAAUAAACCCUGAAACACUAGCAGUCUUAGUCAGAGGCGAGGACGCCACAGCAGCAGUAUCAGAACCGCAAGUGGCAGCAAGAAUUCUUGAUCCUAAUAAUCUGGCAACCGUAAGCACUAUGGAAUUAAACACUGAGCUCACAACGCCGCCAUUUCCCCUUCUGGAAACUUCUAAUGAAACCGAUUUCCUGAUUGGCAUUCAUGAAGAGUCAGUGGAGGGCACAGCAGUCUAUUUACCAGGACCUGAUCGUUGCAAAACAAACCCAUGCCUCAACGGGGGCACCUGUUACCCCACAGAAACCUCCUACGUGUGCACUUGUGUCCCAGGAUACAGUGGAGACCAGUGUGAGCUGGAUUUCGAUGAAUGUCACUCUAACCCCUGUCGGAAUGGAGCCACGUGCAUUGAUGGUUUUAACACAUUCAGGUGCCUCUGCCUUCCAAGCUACGUUGGUGCGCUUUGUGAACAAGACACUGAGACGUGUGACUACGGCUGGCACAAGUUCCAAGGGCAGUGUUACAAAUACUUUGCCCAUCGGCGCACAUGGGACGCAGCUGAGCGGGAGUGCCGGCUGCAGGGCGCACACCUCACCAGCAUCCUGUCUCACGAGGAGCAGAUGUUUGUGAACCGUGUGGGCCACGACUAUCAGUGGAUAGGUCUCAACGACAAGAUGUUUGAGCAUGAUUUCCGCUGGACAGAUGGUAGCACGCUGCAAUAUGAGAACUGGAGACCCAACCAGCCGGACAGCUUCUUCUCUGCUGGAGAAGAUUGUGUUGUCAUUAUCUGGCAUGAGAACGGUCAGUGGAAUGAUGUUCCCUGCAACUACCACCUCACCUACACCUGCAAGAAGGGAACAGUUGCUUGCGGCCAGCCCCCAGUUGUAGAAAAUGCCAAGACCUUUGGAAAGAUGAAGCCUCGUUAUGAAAUCAACUCCCUGAUCAGAUACCACUGCAAGGACGGUUUCAUUCAGCGCCACCUUCCAACUAUCCGGUGCCUCGGAAAUGGAAGAUGGGCCAUGCCUAAAAUUACCUGCAUGAACCCAUCUGCAUACCAAAGGACUUAUUCUAAGAAAUACUUUAAACAUUCCUCAUCAGCAAAGGACAAUUCCAUAAACACAUCCAAACACGAGCAUCGUUGGAGCCGGAGGUGGCAGGAGUCAAGGCGCUGAUUCCUCGAAUGGCGAACAUGUGUUUUCAUCAUUUCAGCCAAAGUCCUAACUUCCAGUGCCUUUCCUAUCACCUCGAGAAAUAUUGCCAGUCGGCUUGGGUUUUUGGACCACCGCCCAGUCCUUUUGGGUUGCUGUGCUCCCAAAACAUUUCAAAUGAAAGUUGAAAGUUGGCAUUCAAAAAGAAAGCAAACAAAAUGGAAGAACACAAGGGCAGAAAAGGAACCAUCUCCAGCCUAUCUAAUUUCUCUAGUUUUCCGUUUGCCUCUGGCCCAGACCAUGUCCUAAUGCCUACCAGCCUACUGUAGUAUUUAAAAUGCUCAAUUUCAGCAGCAAUGGCCAUGUAAAUAAGAUGAUGUAAUGUUGAUUUUAAUCCUGUAUAUAAAAUAAAAUGUCACAAUGAGUUUGGGCAUAUUUAAUGGUGGUCAUGGAGCCCUCGAGGUCUUUAAUCAUUGAUUGGGCUGCUUUGAUGUAGUCUGUCUAGGCUGGAAAUGGUUUCACUUGCUCUUGGACUUCAGCAAGACUGAGGACAGCUUUGCCCGGAUGGCCAGCAAACACACAAUCCUGUAGGUCUCUGUACCCAUCCCAGCCAUGGGUGCAGCAUGCCUCUGGUGAGGCUGACAGCCACCUAACAGGAUCCUGAUGGAACUGGGGACUCCAACGUGGAACUCUUCUUUGCUGCAUUCCUUUUUCUUCACUUACAAGAAAGGCCUGAAUGGAGGACUUUUCUAUGACCAGGAGCAUUUUUUAGGGGUCAAAGUGCUAAUUAUUAACUCAACCAGGUCUACUUUUUAAUGGCUUUCAUAACACUAACACCUAAGGUUACAGAACAAUGUGUUUCAAAUGGAUAUAGACCUAGGGCUCUGGAGGGUGGGGGGUUAAAACAACACACAUGCAAAAAAAAAAAAAAAGAAAUUUUGUAUAUAUAACCAUUUUAAUCUUUUAUAAAGUUUUGAAUGUUCAUGUAUGAAUGCUGCAGCUGUGAAGCAUAUACAAAUAAAUGAAGUAAGCCAUACUGAUUUAAUUUAUUGGAUGUUAUUUUCCCCAAGACCUGAAAUUGACAUAGUGUGCUAGUUAUUUUCAGUGUUAGCCUUUCUGCUUUGCUCACACAGUUUGGAACCAUAGAAUAUAGGUAUUUUGUCCCUGAUUCAAUAGUGUGAUGGAUAGAACGCAACAAGUGUUGAUUUUGAAGAGUGGAAAAUGUAUAGCUUUUAGCAAAUGGUGUUUGCCUAUCCUAAGCAAGGAGUGUAUUCGUAGGAGUAGUGCAGGCGUGUCUUCCUGCUAGGUGGAAUGUGUGUGUGGACAUUUCUCCCCAUCUCUUCCCACUCUGGUAUUUCCCCAUUAUUUGAAUAAAGUGAUUGCUGAAGAUGACUUUGAAUCCUUAUCCACUUAAUUUAAUGUUUAAAGAAGAGCUUCUGAUGGAAAGAAGGACUCCUCAUCAGUUAGAGCGACUUUGAGAAAAGUAGACAAUAAAUAAAAUGCAGAUAGAAGAGUAGAACAAGAGGAGACACAGGAUGGCCCAACCUUGAUUCUUUUUCAUGAAACCUCCUUGGCUAGAAGGAGUGAUUGUAGCUACAAAAAUUCAGGGUCUUUCAGCAGGUUCCCUUGGUUGUUGCAUUAACGGUAAUCCGUAUGUAGGUAUUCUAGUACACAGAACAACACUGUGUUGACCUGUUAGGUUUUUAUUUUCCUUUCUCAUUACAAUGCACAUAAUGGUUUCCUGUAUUUAUAUUAUAACGUGUAUAGUGUAAAAUGUGAAUGACUUUUUUGUGAAUGAAAAUCUAAAAUCUUUGUAACUUUUUAUAUCUGCUUUUGUUUCACCAAAGAAACCUAAAAUCCUUCUUUUAC